AUGAACAUAGUGCUAGAGGCCUGCCACGACACGCUGACUGCACUCCAUGGCAAGAUUCAAAAGGCCUCGCAGACUGAGCGCUUCGGCCUCCACAGCACCGCGGGUGAAGCUGCGCAAGAGAUUGACAACAUGAAGAAGAGCAUGGAACAGGUGAGGAAGGCUGUGGAUGAGCGUGUGGACGCAAACGUGCACGCAGCCGAGAUUGGCACGAAGAUGGAGGAUGAGGUUGCUGGGCUUCGCGAAAGCUUAGAGCACGAUGUCCAGCAGAUGCAUCGUCGGCCAGAGGCUUUGCUCUUGCAGAGUGAGAAGGAGAGUAAGGCCGAAGCAGACAAGAGUCGUCAAAAGGAGCUUGAUGCCUUCUGCAAGAUGCUCAGAAAAGAGCUCCGAGAUUUACGGAGUGAAAGCGAAGAGCUGGACUACCGAAGCAUCACCAAACAGUGUUCCACGAUGAUUCAGGUUCUGGCCUUCAGCCCAGAGGUGCAGCAAGAGCAGCAGAAGGCCAUCCAGAAGUCAAUCGAAAUUCAACAGGAGCUGUCCACCGCGCUGGCGGACCGCGUCACCACCCUCGCCAGGAAAAAGGCGCAGCUGGCUGCGAAAGAGCAGCAAAUGCAGCGGCAGCAGGCCACAUACGAGCUAGAGCUUAUGGAGCACAACAAGAGGAUCACUACCCAGAGGGACAUCUUAAAGGGCCUGGGGCAGGGCACCAUCACAAUGAAAGGCUCGCCCAAUGACACAAUUUCCAGGGAGCUCUGGAACCUCUGGGAACAAGGGCGCUGGGGAGAGCUAGUGAAGCGCGGCUCCUACAAGAGCUCCCAGGGCUUCAGCACUUUCUCCCUCACAAUUGACUCCAACCUCACGCCUGCACAAAAGCAAGGCAUCGCCAACCUGGAACAGUACAUCCGGGAAGCAGACACCUUUAAGGAGGCGCACCUCAAGAUCAUGCAGGAGUUGGAUAGUGACCACAACCAGCUCCGCGACACCAUGUUCAUUCACGAAAAGGACAGGGACAAGGCUGAAAAGCAGUUGAUGGACGCCGAUUCAGAGAACGAGCCCAAUUGGGAAUUGUUCGCAAGUAAGUACCCGGUGCAGUACUCGGAGAUCAAGAUGCUUCACACCAUCAACAUGCAUGUCUCUAAAGUAGCAGAGUGGAUGUUCCAGGUGAACACCACAACUGGCCCCCUCAAAGCCCUGGUCAGCAAGCUGGAGUCCCUUACCAGCCGAUCAGAGUGCGACCCAGGUGAGGCCCUGGUGUUGGUGAAGAACAUUCAGGACAUCUUGAAACGGCCUACGGCUUGCCCUUUAGCUUUCUUGACGGCCAUUGGCGGCCGCGACCUGCGCAGGCAGAUGAGGCCUUUGAUCCGGGACACCCAGAAAGCGCCAUUGCAGGCUCUGGCUGAUUUCGAGAAGGACCAGCAUCCCAUCGAAGUGGAUUGA